AUUAUAUAAUCUCACUUACCGAUUUAUUUAACGUAAAGCUGACGCGAUCUUGUCUAGUUUUCCUUUCUCAGCCAUUCUCCCCCUUCUCUCCAGCGGCAACGGUCACCGCAGCACUCAACCAUCCUCCUCCUUUUUCUGUUUUUGAAGAAAUUAUUUUUUUUUUGCGUUAUUGCAUAAUCAAUUAGGGUUUCAGCGGUCUCUUUCAUGAUCGGAUUCUUUCGCUCCAAGAAUUCCCAGACGCUUAAUCCGAAGCUUCUUCCAUCUAUCUUCUGUUACCGAUACAAAAAUUGGGGAUUAUGGAUUUAGACGGCGGCAACAGGCGCGUUUUUAACCGACUCGGAGGUUCUUCAGCUGCCUCACCCGACUCCUCAAAAAACCAGAAAGUUUGUUAUCAUUGGAGGGCCGGUAAGUGCUCCCGUUUCCCAUGCCCUUUCUUGCACCGUGAACUGCCUCAUCCUUCUGGCCCCGCCGCCGCUACCUCUAAUGGAUCCGGUGCCCCCAAACGUUUCGCCGAUGAUUCUGGGUUUUCGGGUCCGGCCCUACGACGAGGCCCCAAUUUCAAUAAUAAUCAUAACAAUAGUUGGGGGAGAAUGGGGGCUAAUAAGGUGGUUCGGAAAACGGAGAAAGUGUGUAAUUAUUGGGUGCAAGGGAACUGUAGUUACGGAGACAAGUGUAGGUUUUUACAUUCCUGGAGUUUAGGGGAAUGCUUUACCUUGUUGAAUCACCUUGAUGGACACCAGAAAGUUGUUACCGGAAUUGCAUUACCGGCAGGUAUGGAUAAGCUCUAUACUGGGAGUAAAGAUGAGACUGUGAGGGCUUGGGAUACCAACACUGGUCAGUGUAUGGGUGUGAUUAAUCUUGGUGGUGAAGUUGGUUGCAUGAUCAGUGAAGGUCCUUGGCUGUUUGUUGGCAUACCUAAUGUUGUCAAGGCAUGGAACACCCAAACUAAUCAAGAGCUCAGUCUUAGUGGACCUGUUGGGCAAGUUUAUACUAUGGUUGUGGGUAACGAUUUGCUCUUUGCUGGUACACAGGAUGGUACUAUUUUAGCAUGGAAAUUUAAUGCCGUCACCAACAACUUUGAACCAGCAGCAUCACUUAAGGGUCACACCCUUGCAGUUGUAUCAUUAGUUGUUGGGGCUAAUAGACUGUACUCUGGUUCCAUGGACCAUUCUAUAAAGGCCUGGAGUCUAGAAACUUUGCAGUGUCUACAGACUUUGACAGAGCACACUAGUGUUGUGAUGUCCUUGCUUUGCUGGGAACAAUUUCUUUUAUCUUGUUCAUUGGACCAAACAAUAAAGGUGUGGGUAGCUACUGAGAGUGGAAACUUGGAAGUAACAUAUACUCACAAAGAAGAACAUGGCUUGCUGAACCUUCGUGGAAUGCCUGACUCGGAAUCCAAGCCUGUAUUGAUGUGUUCAUGCAAUGACAAUUCUGUCCGCCUCUAUGAUCUGCCCUCGUUCUCGGAGAAGGGUAAAAUAUUUGCAAAGCAGGAGAUUCGUGCAAUAGAGGUAGGCCCUGGGGGGCUGUUUUUCACUGGAGAUGGAACUGGUUUUAGAGUGUGGAAAUGGGCAGAAGCCGUUCCCAAGCCCUGAUGUGUUGCAGCAACGGAUAACAUAUUAGUCAAUCGAUUAUGUAUUUUUGGUGUUGAUCAUUUUAUUUCUUGUCAUCCAUCCGGUGAGGGGUCAUUUGUAGGUUUUUUUAAGUUUGCGGGAGAAAUUACUUGAGUUAGAGAAAACAAUUAUGGGGUAGUGGUGGAAUGUUUAAUAGCACCAACCAACCAACCAACCAACCGACCAAGCCCUUCACCUUAAGUGUGUGUCAAUAGAACGCUCAUAAAUUUCUAGCAGUCACUGUAUUGAAGUUGUAGGGGAUGAAGCUACAUUACAUUACAUCUCAUAUCUGUCCCUGCCUUUUUCUAUGGAAAUCAGCUGAUGAUUGUUGGCGUUGAGUUUAUUAAAUUGCCUCAGCAAUUCUUUUACUUGUAAACAAAUGGGAGAAGGAAAACCCUGUAUAAUAAAAUAAAAUUGUUGGAUGUCUUCUGCUUCA